AUGGAACAGGUGGAGAAGAAAUAUGACCCACUAGAUACCACCCUGAAGUUUGUCAACAGGGACGACUUGGAUCCAAUGUAUUGUUGUGUCCUCUUAGUCUCAGAAGACAGCGAUGGUCUCAGAGCAGAGAUGUCCUGCGGUCACGCUGUCGGCCCUGUAUUGACAGUUUGGUGUCUCAACCAGCUGAAGGAGGGUCAAUAUGUAUUUAGAUGCCCUGCAUUGGUGGAAGGUACCAAAUGGUGCAAUAAACUGUUGUCGUACCAGGAGGUUUGCAAAAUGGCUGCUGCAGAAUUCUUUGAAAUGAAGCCAUGCCCAAAGUGCAGAACACAUGUGGAGAGGACAGAUCUCUCCAACCUGUGUGUGCACUGCACCAUCUGUACAGCCGAUCAGAAGAAGAUAUACUAUUUCUGCUGGCAGUGUCAGAGGGAGUGGAAAGGUCCAGGCCCCAGAUCUGACCGCUGCGAAAAUGACGGCUGCAUCAACAAGGACCUUCAACUUCUGCAGACGUGUAAGACAAUCAGUCUGCCUGAUGUGGAGGGGGUCACUGACUGCCCGUCAGUGCGAGCCUGUCCUACAUGUGGCCUGAGUGUGGAACACAGUUCACAAUACUGCAAAAACAUCACCUGCCCUCGCUGUCACAUUGAGUUCUGUUUUGUCUGUCUGAGACUAAAGCUUGAGUGUAACAAAACAAGUUCUCCAUACAAAAUCUGUCCCAGUGGUGUGGCCCCAAGACAGACCUCCAUCCCUGUGUGGCAGAGGAAAUGAGGGGAAAAUGUCAGGAUUGUGGAGUCCUUUUA